AUUCCUCCAGCUUCCUGGGCUCGUUCCCAGGCCAUGGCGGCCACCACGGUGACCGACGCCGGCAGCGUCAGGAUCAUCACGGAGGUGAUCCCGGCCACGGAUCCCCGGGCAGCCCAGCUGGCCUCAGGCUCCCAGGCACCUGCCAGGACCUCGUUCCAAACAGAAGGCUUCCGGAGGGCUCAUCCCAAGGUGUUGGGGACCAUCCACCUCUUCAGUGGAAUUGUCCACGUCUGCUUCGGGCUCAUCCUGACGCUGUCGGAGCACAGUAACCCUUCCCUCCCUGUGGCCAGCGGGAUCCUCUUCUGGCUGGGGAUCCUGCUCCUGGUCUCGGGCUCGUUGCUGGUGGAAAGUGAAAGGAAAGACAGCCCUGUGCUGGUCAAGGCCUGCUGUGUGGUCAGCGUGGGCGUCGUCCUGGGCACGCUGGUGGCCACCGGGAUCCACGGCACGGCCAUCACCCGCAUCGUGCCCGGCUGCGAGCCGCCCGGGCCCUUCCAGCGGCGCCCGGAAUGGUGCCUCAACGCUGAGAGCAAGCUGCUGAGCAACAGCCUGGAUUCCAUCCUGGUGAUCCUCGCCCUCCUGGAAUUCUGCGUGGCCGUGGCGGUUCUGGCGUUUGGAUACGACACGCUCCGGCAGCACACCUACACCCAGCUGGCGCUGUAGCCGCGGCCCAGCCCCGCACGUCCCCGUACCGGAGCCCCCCGGGAUGCCCUCAGCGUGUUCGCUCCCCAAUAAAGGCCUCUCCCCAGCCCAGCCCAGCCCGCGCGUGUCUCCGGGGGUGGCUCGGGGU